GCGCCAUCUACCCCACGUCUGUCACAGUGAUAGAGAUAGGAGAAAAUGCUAAACUUAUUCAUGGGGCUCCAUGUCAUGCAGUGUGUUGUGCUUCUCAUAUUCGGCAACAAGUCCAAGAAGACAUGCACUGAGCUGGAGGUACUGGAAAUGACUCCUAGCCAAAAGAAAAUAACAGUGAAUGAAAAUUCAUUAUUCAAUUUAACAGUCCGCUUACGCAAGUCCUACUGCCCCGAAAAGUGGAACUGGUCUCUUGUGAAGUUGUCCACCUACGAUAAUGACAAACAAUUCGAUGUCUGCAAAAUUAUUGUAAGCAGCGGGACGUGUCAAUUGUCAGGCUGGUCACAGUGUGUUUGUUUACAAGACGGCUUUGUCCAGUUCUCUAAGUGGGUAACACAAGAAGACAGUCAGAUCUUCAUUUGGAAAUGGAGUGAUUCCCACUCACUCUCCACCGACAAAAUAAGAGAAAUAACUCUUUUUGUUAAACGUUCAGUUUUAAUUGAAAGAGGAAAAGCAACAGGUAGGUACUUUGGUCUUGACCUUUUUGAUAUUUGCUGCAGGAUGAUGAACAUUGUCCAUAGAAUUUAUUGGUGCGACUUGGCUUAGAAAACGUGGAUAAACUUCAUUUCAUUAAUGUAUCAGAUGGAGAUUAUGUUUACUUUCUAUCUACGAAAAGUUCCACCAAGGCAGGACAGAAGGGUAUAUUGCUGGCUCAUUGUGUUGUAUAUUGGAUUGUCACUCGGGGUAUUAAAAAGAUGCGUUUCCGUCCUUACCACUUGGUGAAACCAAUACCUCGAAGUUAGUUUUUUAUUGCAGAGUUUGCAAAAUUUGUUGUCACAAGCAGGGAUGAGGAAAGUCUCGUGUCCUUGUGAAAUUUUUUUUCGAUUUCGUGUAAGUACGAAAUGGAGGCACGGCGGGUUGUAGAUUAAGUAGACCAAACAAAUCUUUCGAACAGACUUCAGACCUUAUUCAGUAGUCGAGGUUCACACCGAUGACUGAAGGUAGGUAAACAUGUCACACGCAAACAGUUGCACUUUACAAACUGAAAUAAUUAUCUAAGGAUAAAAAAAUAAAGGUUAAUAAACAUAAGGAAAAAAUACAAGACAGACACACAAAAGCCAAAAAAAUGUUUCUAUCAAACAAUAGGUUAGUUUCAAAGCUCUAAAAAAGUGUCGAAAAGUUGUGUAGUUAAAUGCUUGUAGUGCUCAAUAUCGCUUGAUUAAAAGGCUAUAUUAUGGAGUUUAAUAAAAAGUACUGUCCACUGAAAAAACAGAGUGAAGUCAACUUUUCGAUUAUGCUGUUACCUACAUUCAAACCCCAGAUGUCUGAACCAUAGAGUAGUAUAGGCUGGAUCUGAGCAUCAAACAGUUU